UUUCAACAAAUGAAACUCAAUGACACUCCUCAGGGAUUUGGUGACGGGUCAUUAUAUUUUCCCGUUGGUAAUCAGUUUAUUGGAAAGGGCUUCAAUCAUUCACAAAAUCAUGCCAAACGUGGAACGCCACCACGGUUUGGUAAGCUACACGAUCUUGCUGCCCAGCAACAAUCGUUUAAUGGAUAUUACAACGUAGCACCGUUCUUUAUGACAGCAGUACCUGGCAGAGGCAGUAAAACAGCCGAUGGAAUUGGUCUUUUUGGUGCCCCACCUGAUAGCGGGCGGUUCGAUAGCUUGAACUCUUUCAAUAACCGUGGCUAUCCCCGUCGUUCAUACAGAAUGAAUAACAACGCUAAUCCUAACAACAAUAAUCACUACCACAAUGGACUUACUAAUAAUAACAACAAUGGAAAUUGGAAUUUUUCAUUCAAAACUGACGAGGAGUUAUUUUGCAAUAAUACUCCGAAAGGAAACAUUAAUCUCGAGCUCUACGAUAGUAUUCCUGUGAAACAGUCUGGUCCUGAUUGGACAGCAGUAGACCCGCUUUCAUCCUUCAGUGAUGUUAAACUGCACAAGGUCAUUAUGGAUAACAUUGAAAGGGCUCAAUAUAAUCACCCAACUCCGGUGCAGAAGUACUCUUUACCUAUCUCCCUGGCCAAACGUGAUCUUAUGGCGUGUGCACAGACAGGCUCUGGAAAGACCGCUGCUUUUCUAAUUCCUAUUCUACAUAUGAUGCUAGAGAAUAUUUCAAAAGAUUCUGAAAAAUGUGAUGAAGUAAGUGCCUUUUUACAUGUGUUCCUUAAUAUUGUCCAUGAUUUGAUUUUGCGUUCCUGUUUCAAGAUCAAACCACCGUCUUUGAUCUCUGGUAGGGCCAGUCCGACUUGUCUGAUUCUCGCGCCAACUCGUGAACUGUCUUGUCAAAUCUUUGAUGAAGCGCGUCGUUUUGCCUAUCGAUCAGAGAUGAAACCUUGUGUGGUUUAUGGGGGUGCCCCCGUGAAUAAUCAACUCCGUGACCUCUCUCGUGGCUGUGAUAUUCUGGUUGCCACCCCUGGUCGACUUGUCGAUGUCAUUGGUCGUGAGAAGGUCACUCUAGAGAAUGUCAAGUUUCUUGUGUUAGAUGAAGCCGAUAGAAUGCUUGAUAUGGGUUUCGAGCCUCAAAUCCGUAAGAUUGUUGAACAAAAUGGAAUGCCCGAUUCUAGCCAACGUCAAACCCUCAUGUUUUCGGCUACUUUUCCCAAUGAGAUUCAAACCUUGGCCAAGGACUUUUUGAAAAGCUACAUAUUCUUGGCCGUUGGACGUGUUGGAAGUACUAGCGAAAACAUCUCCCAAGAGAUUUUCUACAUUCAAGACAGAGAUAAACCCGAGCGUCUUGUUCGCAUUCUAAAGGAAAAGGAACCUUCAGCACUCACGUUAGUGUUUGUGGAAACUAAGAAGGGUGCUGAGCUACUUGCGAAUUACUUGAGUCGCCUCCAAUUCCCUGUCUCUGCCAUCCAUGGAGAUAGACCUCAAGCGGAUCGAGAAAGGGCUCUGUCUUCUUUCCGUUCUGGUCGAACUCCGGUUCUUAUCGCUACGGCUGUUGCUGCUCGUGGUUUGGAUAUUCCAAAUGUUAAGCAUGUAAUCAACUUCGAUCUACCCUCGGACAUUGAAGAGUACGUACAUCGUAUCGGCCGCACAGGUCGAAUGGGCCAACCCGGCUCGGCCACGUCAUUCUUCUGCGAUCGUAAUCAGAAUGUCGCCCAUCAGCUGGUGGAGUUACUGCGUGAAGCUAAACAGCCUGUGCCGAUUUGGCUUGAGCAACGGGUCUCCAACUCUGGCAGUAAUUCUCUCAAUUCAAAUGGUCGUCGUUACGGCAAUGGGCAAAAUAGGAGAGGCGGCGGUUUUAGACCGAACUACGCUUCUCUGGACUUCCGAGCUGGUCAAAAGACCAAUACAAGCUACGUUCAGAACCCUCAGGCUCUCGGUCUUCUCGGCAAUUGUGCAGCCGCAUCUCUCGCUGCUGCCGCUUGUGUCCCUGCUCCUGGUCCACCACCACCGAAUCACAAUUUCCGUUAUCAGCAGGCCCCACCACCACCGCACCAGAAUCCCUUCGCCACCGCUGCCGCUGUGGCAGCUCUUCAGGGCCUCCAACAGGGUCAUCCAUUUGGCCCGCCACCACCCCCUCGUGGUCUUUUUGACACUCGCGCACCACCCUCGUGCUCUCAAUACGCCCCUGGCCCUUUUGGUGGUCAGAGACCACCUCAAGCUGCUCCAACUGGACCUCCCGGUCCAACUAACCACCAACAGCAGCAACAGCAAUUGCAGCAGUACCUUGCCGCCGCCAUGCAACAUGUCGUCAGCAGCACUGCUAACAACAGUAGUAGUCAGCAACAGCCCUCUGACUAUCCACCCACUAACUAUCAUCAAGCAUUCGCCGCUGCUGGCUAUCAGCCUCAUCAACCAGAUGUGGUCUUUGCAGCAGGGGGCGCUACUUCACCAUCCGCUGCUGGUAAACAAGGGGGUGCAGUUGAUGGUCAGAUGAUGCCUCCACCAUUUUAUAGUGGAGGUUCUAGUUCUCAUCAACAUCAGCAAAAUCAGGCUGCUCUAGCUGCUGCAAUGAACGCUAUGGCCGCUGCUGCUGCAAUGUCGAAUGGUGGUGGCGGUGGUGGGCAGUUGGAUGGAGGGACUUUUCCUGUUCUUCAAGAAGAGAAGCAACGGGCUGCUGCGGAAUGGGGUUGGAUUAGUGGACAACCUGCAAAUAUUCCCCCCUCUGGAGCGUAUACAGCACCUCCACCCACUGUACCGCCACAACCUGCCGCUGCGAAUUAA